UUCCCUGCAGUGGACAGAUUGGGAGCUGGCUGUGUGUUGUCAAGAUUCACAGCCCGGCCGAGAGAAGCUGGAGUCGAGCUCUGGGUAAUCAAGAGUGCACAGAACCAUGAGAAUUCACUCCGGAUGAAGCGGGACAGGAUUUUGCUGGGAUUUGAUGGGAGAUUUGACUGGUAAAACACUGCACUUUUUCAAGAACAGUCUGAUACUGCAUCUAGCGGGUGAAGCAGUUCCACAGGGUACAGUGAAGAGCUGUAAUCCAGAGGUGGACGUACAACUGGCCAAAGAAGGGACAUUAAGCAGAGAUGGUCCUGCAGCACCUACGCCUGGCUCUAGCGACGAUUCUCAGCAGAAUGCUGAACUGGUGGAGGAUGACGUUGGUGCGCAAACUGAGCAACACUGGACCGAGCCCAGAUCCUCUCUGUUACUCAACCACUAUAAGGAACUGAUACAGAAGGUUGUUGCUCUGCAAGAGAAGAGUGAAGAGGCGAAGAAGAGAAUUCAGAGGACUGAAGAAGAAAUCCAGUGUUUUAAAUCGGAACUCGCCAAGCUCCAGGCGGAGUGGGAAUGCAGAUGCCACCAGUUACCAGCAGAGCAGAGAGAACCAAAAGACCAGAUGCACCCUAACUCGAGUGAUCAGACAAUAAUUAGAAAGGGUGAAGAUAUUUCAUCAAUGAGAAUGAAGCCAAUCUUCUUGUCAGAGAGAAGACCAGCAAGUCAGAUCCAACUCCCAACAGCACGUGGGCAGAGAAAGCUGGACCUCACCAGCAGUGACAAGAUAAGCAUUUCCGAGUCAAAGGAAGGAGAACCUAGGACUAGCUGUCAACCUUCAUUAGAUUUCCCGCUGGAUCCUGAUGAAAUUGACCCAGAGGAAGUUGUGUCAAUUACAGGAGAGCCGAAUGGAAAUCUCGAGCUCACUGGAAUCCCUUCGUCCAGUUUUCCGCGCGGAUGUGAUGUCCUCCCUUCAUCUGCACUGAGUUGCAAUGUUUCGAGACCUCAAUUCCCAGCCAGAUUUCAGGCAGAUAUCAGAAGCAGACGGCCAGCCAAAGUCUUUGCCCCUCGUUCCAUCUCGGAGAUGCAGAUUGGGCACCGGGUGAAGGUGAUUCUGCCCAGCGGCAGAGUGGGAGCUGGGGUGGUGCGGUAUCUGGGCCGAUUGCCGGAUGUGCCAGAAUUCUGCCUCGGAGUGGAACUGGAAUGUCCGGAAAACAGACAGAGAGACGGUGUGUUCGAGGGACAGUGUUACUUUCACUGCAAUCUCAGUCACGGAGUGUUUGUCACCUUUAGCAAAGUGCUGAUGGUUCUCCAGUAAUUCCUGAAAAGGAAGAUUUGGAAACUCAUUCGGAGCUUCGAGAAACUUUGUGUUCAUGUUCGGAUUCUGGAACAACAUUCAUCAGGCACUGAGGAAUUGAAUCUCAGAAUAAUACAGCACUCGGACAGGCCAUUCAGCCAUUAAUGCCUCACUGGGGUUAUCCUUCACAUGAGCUGUCUUCUCUUUGCCCACCCUCCUGCUCGCUCCAUAAAAUACAAUAAAUCCACAAAUGUUGUGUUGUGAAGCACCAAUAAA